AUGGAGGACGGAGUCAACUCGGGAGCGGUGGCGGCGGUGGGCGGCGCUGGUGGGGCAUUUGAUGCCCGGCUCAUUCCGGAGUUCGACGGCGCCGGAGACGUGGUACAGUGGCACACGCGCGCCCAGAUGUUGUGCGAGCUCCGAGGCGCGUCUCUGGCAGCCGUCCUGCCCCUGCGACUGACCGGCGGCGCCUUCGCCGUAUGGUCGCAGAUGCCGGUCGCCGACCGUGGCUCCGCUGACGCCGUCCGGGAUGCGCUGUUCACAGCGUUUGCGCCAGACCCGUUCACGGCGUAUGAGGCUUUCGUCAGCCGCCGCUUGCAGCACGGAGAGUCGGCCGACGUCUUCCUGGCCGACCUCCGGAGGCUCGCGGCCCUGUUCGGUGGCGUGCCGGACCGCAUGCUCGUGUGCGCGUUCGUGGCGGGUCUGCCUGAGACGACCCGGCAGGUGAUACGGGCUGGCACUCGCGCCGAGUCGCUGGAGCUCGCCAGUGUUCUGGCGCGCGCGCGCGCUGUGCUGAGCGAUGAGCAACGCCGGAUCAACGUGAUCACGGUGAGUGGUGGUCGGUACGAGUGCCGCGGCACCGGGCCUGUGCGCGUUGGGGUGUGCAGCGGUGUGAGCGCUGACGUCAACGCGCUUGUGGUCGCCGACCGACCGCUGGGUUUCGACUUGGUGCUCGGGAUGGACGCAGUGGUGGCUCUGGGCGGAGAGUACGACGCGGAGCUGGAGUCGUGGCUCCGGAACGGCUGGCUCCAGCCGUACGACGAGGCGGUUCAUGGACCACCCCGAGGACUCGUGCCGCUGAUGGCGGUGCCGCAGGCCAACAAGGUACGGCCGGUGCUCGACAUGCGCGAACUGAACGCUCAUGUUGCAGCGUACAGCGCGGACGCCGAUGUCUGUGCCGAACACCUGCGCAAGUGGCGCCGUCACGGCCGCCGUGUGGCUGUGGUCGACCUGCGCCGCGCCUACCUGCAGCUGAGGCUCAAUCGGCGGCUGUGGCCUUAUCAGACUGUGAUGCUGCACGGACGGCGCCACUGCUUGACAAGGCUCGGAUUUGGCUUGAAUGUUGCGCCGCUGCUGAUGAAAGCCGUGGUCCGUGCCGUCCUGUCACAGGACUCGGCCGUCGAGCGGGCCGUCUCCCCGUACGUCGACGACCUGUUGGUGGACGAGGAGGUGGUGAGUGCCGAGCGGGUGGUGGAACACUUUCGCCGGUUCGGACUCGAGUGUAAGCCGCCUGCUCGGGCCGAAGACGGAGCUCGCAUGCUCGGCCUCCGCGUACAGCCCGUCGCUGGAGAGCUGCAGUGGUCACGUGACUGUGCCGUCGUCCCGCCGCCAGAGGUCGUGACUCGCCGUGCGGUGUUCGCCUGGUGCGGCCGGCUGGUGGCUCACUUCCCGGUCUGCGGUUGGCUGCGGCCAGCCGCCGCCUGGGUCAAGCGGCACGUCAACCAGCUCACCGAAGGCUGGGACGACGCCACCGACGAUGGCACCCUGAGCGCUCAGAUCGCCUACAUCCAAGAACGGCUGGCGGGAGCGGACCCGGCUCGCGGCCAGUGGUGCUGGACUGGCGACCGUGCUGUCGUCUGGGCCGACGCGAGCUCGAUCGCGUUCGGCGUCGUCAUCGAGACGCCGGACGGUGGGGUGAUGGAAGACGCCUCCUGGUUGCGGCCGAGCGGAUCGUCAGCACACAUCAAUAUGGCUGAGCUCGACGCCGCCGUCCGCGGCCUGAACCUGGCCAUCGCCUGGGGCGCGACGGAGAUAGAGCUCCGCACGGACUCGGCCACGGUGCACCGGUGGCUCAGUGACGCGCUGAGUGGGCGCACGCGCUUGCGAACUCGUGCGGCGGGCGAGAUGCUGAUCCGUCGGCGAGUCAGUCUCAUCCGGGAGCUGACGGAGGAGCUGCAGCUGGAGCUCACUGUGACCCUCGUCCGCUCGGCUGAGAAUCUCGCCGACGCGUUGACUCGAGUGCCAAAGGACUGGGUGCGCGAGCAGAGUGCGGCUGACGGCGUGCCGGCCGAGGCCGCUGCUGUUGGGGCCGAGGACGACGCGGCAGGUGCGGGCGCCGAGGGCGAGCUCGCCGCCUCCGUCCGAGCGGUGCACGAGCGGGCAGGCCAUCCCGGCAUUCGCCGAACGCUAUACUUUGCUCGGCGCGACGUGUCGUGUGAUGUGCCGAGGGCGACUGUGCGAGCGGUGGUGCGCGGCUGUGACAUUUGCCGCUCGAUCGACCCGGCGCCGGUGCGGUGGCGGCACGGCUCUCUCGGUGUCAAGGAGACGUGGCAGCGUGUGGCGAUGGACGUCACGCACUACCAGGGUCGGGCCUACCUGUCCGUGAUCGACUGCGGCCCGUCGCGGUUUUGUGUGUGGCGGCAGCUGCGGCGGGCGGAUGCGGUGGAGGUUUGCGGCCACCUGGAGCAGAUGUUCCACGAGCGCGGCGCGCCGACUGAAAUCCUCGCAGAUAAUGACACAGUGUUUCGCGGGCGUCAGGUCGCGGCUCUCACGGCUCGGUGGGGCGUCAGCCUAAGAUUCCGAGCCGUGCACCAGCCGGGCGGUAAUGGUGUGGUGGAACGGUGCCACCGCUCCAUCAAAGUGAUCGCGGCGAGGCGGACGUGCUCGGUCGCGGAGGCCGUCCACAUUUAUAACGUGACGCCCCGCGACGGUGAAACUACGGGCUCGGCGCCGGCCGCGGGCGUCUACCGAUACGCCAUGAGGGACUGCAUCCGCCCGGCAGCGGCCGGUGAGAGUGCUGACCAGGAGCCGCCAGCUGUGUCCGACGGCGAGCAGCUGCGGGUCGGCGACCAGGUGUGGAUGCGGCGCCGGGGAACCCGCUGCACGGACACGUCCCGCCGCGGUGUCGUCACCAGCGGUGUGUCGCGGCAGGUGGUUGAGGUGGACGGCGUGCCGUGGCACGUGCGUGACCUGCGGCCGCGGCACGAGAGCCCGUGCCGCGACGAUGGCGACGAUGCGCAGUCAGAUGGCGAGGCGCCGCCGAUCAUUGUCGACCUCCCGAGUGGCGGCGAUGAGCGCCCAGCUGAUGUGGCUGCCGACGGCCCUCCGCUCCGCCGCAGCGAGCGCGAGCGGAGACCGCCACGACACUGGUGCGAGUGUUAG